AUGCUCCAAAAUUUGGCCGUCCCUCUAUAGUUAUAUAGAUACAAAAAAAAGUGGCUAAGGUACUUGGAAACCUCUGACGGAAGAGGGGCUGCCAUGGCAAUCCUUGCUCUCCCUCUAGUUGUCUCCUUUCUAAAACCCAAAACCGGUAGUUUCUGCUUCCUCCCUCUUCCCGGCAGGUCAAGCCCGAGCUGCUUAGGCUUGAAUCGCCGCCAGUUCAUCAGAACCACUGUCUCUGCAAUCAGCACCUCUCCAGUUCAACAACAUUCGUCAGCUGGCCCUAACAAUGAGCCUCAAAAAGCUUCCGUCCCCACGUUUCAACAAGCCAUUCAGAGACUUCAGGAAUAUUGGGCUUCGGUUGGUUGUGCGGUAAUGCAGUGCAGCAACACAGAGGUUGGAGCUGGCACUAUGAAUCCUCUGACCUUCUUAAGGGUUCUCGGUCCAGAACCAUGGAAUGUUGCGUAUGUGGAGCCUAGUAUCCGCCCAGAUGAUAGUCGUUAUGGGGAAAACCCAAACAGGCUUCAACGCCACACACAAUUUCAGGUUAAAGCGAGGUUAAAUUGGAGUUGAUUAAUGGGAGUUUCUUUUGGAAUUGAAUUUUAUAUA